AUGAAAGCAUGGCUGAUUACCAAUGAUGAUCAGAAGGUGCAAAUGACACUGGCAGAAGCAGUACCUGGUCGAAAAGGAAGGAGUCAAAUAGAGGAAUUCGUCUCCUAUAAUGGUGGUCCCGGUAUCCAGCAUAUAGCACUACUCGUUGAUGACAUUGUACAGUACGUGUAA